AUGGCGGUGGCACCCAGCAGGAGGCUGCAGCGCUGCCUGCUGCUCCUGGCUGUCACCUGGGGCGCCACUUUUGUCCCCUCGCCAGCCCAGGCUUUGCAGAGGAUCGCCCUGCGGAGGAUGCCCUCCAUCCGCCAGACGCUGCAGGAGAUGGGGGUGAAGGUGCGGGAGGUGUUCCCGGAGCUGCGCCGGGCCACCCGCGGAGGAGGGGACGGUCCCCGCAACGGGACAGCCCCCACCCUGCUCACCAACUACCUGGAUACCCAAUAUUUCGGCGAGAUCAGCAUCGGGACCCCCGCACAGACCUUCAAGGUGGUCUUUGACACGGGCUCGGCCAACCUGUGGGUGCCAUCCUACAAGUGCUCCCCACUCUACAGCGCCUGUGUGUCCCACAGCCGCUACGACUCCUCCAAGUCGCGCACGUACAUCGCCAACGGCACCGGCUUCGCCAUCCGCUACGGCACCGGCAGCGUCAAAGGCAUCCUCAGCCAGGACAUCGUCAUGCGCUUCCAAGCCGGCGGGGAAAUCAUCCUGGGCGGCAGCGACCCAGCCCAUUACACCGGCGACUUCCACUACCUGAACGUGAGCAGGAGCGGCUUCUGGCAGAUCCGCAUGAAGGGGGUGUCCGUAGGGGCCGAGACCCUGUUCUGCAGGGAAGGCUGCUCGGUUGCCGUGGACACGGGCGCCUCCUACAUCACCGGCCCCGCCGGCCCCGUGUCCGUGCUCAUGAAAGCCAUCGGGGCCACCGAGGCGGCCGAAGGCGAGUACGUGGUGGACUGCGAGCAGGUGCCUCAGCUGCCCAACAUCUCCUUCCACCUGGGAGGGAAGGUGUACGGCCUCAGCGGCCCGGCCUACGUGCUGCGGCAAUCGCAGUACGGCGAGGACGUGUGCGUGGUGGCUUUCUCCGGGCUGGACAUCCCCCCUCCGGCCGGUCCCCUCUGGAUCCUGGGCGCCACCUUCAUCGGUCACUACUACACCAAAUUCGACCGGCGCCACAACCGCAUCGGCUUCGCCACCGCCCGCUGA